AAAGUGACUUCACACUAACUCAUUUGUCAUAUAUACUUUUAAAUAUUUAAUUACACAAAUAAAAAAAUUAGUACUAUCCUUAACUUUAUUCUAGAACAUUACUAGCAUUUUUCUUAAAAUAAAAGCCACUAUUAUUUCCAAAUCCUAGAGACUGCGUCAAAAACGGCAACCUAGCAACACAUCAUGUAAGACUAAUAUGUCAUUCAUGACGUUUUGUUGUCAACCUUUUCUAAUUGGCAGUACAGAGAAUCACUCUAUAAGUCUUCCAUCUUCAAACUAAUUGGACCUGCAUCUCCUUCAUAACUCAAAGUCAUCAUCAUCAUCAUCAUGGGCCAUGAAAUUGAUACAGUUGAAAUGUUCUUCUUUCCCUUUGUAGGUGGUGGUCAUCAGAUACCAAUGAUAGACACAGCAAGAGUGUUUGCAAAACAUGGAGCCAAAUCAACCAUCCUAACCACACCUUCCAAUGCUCUCCAAUUCCAAAACUCAAUCACUCGUGACCAAAAAUCCAAUCUUCCCAUCACCAUUCAGAUUCUCACCACACCUGAAGACACAGAAAUAAUUGAUACAGACAUGUCUGCUGGUCCCAUGAUUGAUACCUCAGUUCUUCUCGAACCAUUGAAACAGUUCCUUCUUGAAAACCGACCUGACUGCAUUGUCAUUGACAUGUUUCAUCGUUGGGCUAGUGAUAUAAUAGAUGAACUUAAAAUCCCAAGAGUUAUCUUUAACGGUAACGGGUGUUUCCCUCGUUGUGUUAUUGAAAACACGAGAAACCAUGUUGUGCUUGAGAAUUUGAGUUCUGAUUCAGAGCCUUUUCUUGUUCCUGGUCUUCCUGAUAGAAUCGAGAUGACAAGGUCUCAGGUUCCGAUUUUUAUGAGAAACCCAACUCAGACUACUCAGUUUGCUGAGAGAAUGAAGAGAUUAGAAGGAAAAAGCUUCGGUACUCUUAUUAAUAGUUUCUAUGAUUUGGAACCAGCUUAUGCUGAUUACCUAAGAACUGAAUUGGGAAAGAAAGCAUGGAUUGUAGGACCAGUUUCCCUCUGCAACAGAAGCUUGGAAGAUAAGAAAGAGAGAGGGAAACAACCCACUAUGGAUGAACAAAGUUGUUUGAAUUGGUUGAAUUCUAAGAAACCAAAUUCAGUUCUUUACAUAAGUUUUGGGAGCGUAGCUCGUUUAUCGAUGAAACAACUCAAGGAAAUUGCUUAUGGUUUAGAAGCUUCUGAUCAAUCAUUCAUUUGGGUGGUUGGGAAAAUUCUCAACUCAUCUAAAAAGGAAGAAACUGGUAGCGAAAAUUGGGUUCUUGAUGAAUUUGAGCAGAGGAUAAAGGAAAUGGAUAAAGGUUUGAUUUAUAGAGGUUGGGCUCCUCAGCUUUUGAUAUUGGAGCAUGAUGCUAUUGGCGGGUUUAUGACUCAUUGUGGAUGGAAUUCAACUUUAGAAAGUCUAUGUGCUGGUGUUCCUAUGAUAACGUGGCCACUUUCGGCUGAACAAUUUACGAAUGAGAAGUUGGUAACGGAUGUGUUGAGGAUUGGAGUCCAAGUGGGCAGCAGAGAGUGGGGGUCUUUUGAUGAAGAGAGGAAAGAGUUGGUUGGAAGAGAGAAAGUGGAGUUGGCAGUGAAGAAGUUGAUGGUGAAGAGUGAAGAGGCAGAUGAAAUGAGAAGGAGAGUGAAGCUUAUUGCAGAGAAUGCAAAAAGAGCUGUUGUAGAAGGUGGAACAUCUUAUGGUGAUAUUGAUUCCUUGAUUCGGGAACUUAAGACUUGCAGAAUUUCUAGCCAAGUUUAGAUUUAGAUUGUUAAUCAAUGCAACACAAUUACACUAGCGUUCACUUAUAAGUGACAAUGCUAGAAGUAACUUUUUUCUAUUCCCAUUAAGCAUCACAUGAAAAUUGAAAUGUUAUUCAAUAAAUAAAUACUACCGUUUGUGAUGAAA